AUGGAUGCAUUUUUUCUAACUCCGUGUGAACCAGCAACCGUAAAGACAGGAGCUGGUUGUCUCUCUGACACAUUGUCCACAACCUGGGAUUCGGCCGCUGGAGCUCAUUCCUACACGGUGGAGGCCGUGGGAAACACUGGCCAAAUCUACAACUGCACCUCCUCCUCCGACAGCUGUGCGGUGACCGGGGUGCCGUGUGGUGAGCACCUCAGCGUGUGGAUCACCGCCUCCAACGACAACUGCUCCACCGGCAGGCUUUUGGGAGAUGUUGCUCAGACUGUUCCCUGUGCUCCUGUGAACUUCUCCGCGUCAGUGGACUGCAGCCAAGACUCUGUUAAAGCCAACUGGACGGCGAGCAUCGGUGCUAUAUUCUACAUGGCCGUUGCUAAGGACCAAAACGGGAAUUUGCACAGUUGCAACUCGCUGGGCUCAAACUGCUUGAUCGAAGGCCUGAGAUGCGGACAGAAUUACACAGCCAUCGUCAUCGGCUCCAAUCUGGAGUGCAACAGCAGCGCCAGCGAGGAGGUCAACUUCAUGACAGCGCCUUGUCCCCCAACCGACAUUGAGGCCUUCAGAGACUGCGACGCCAACCAUGCCCUGAUAGUCUGGGAGAACAGUCAACGCGCCGGCCUCUACACCGCAACCAUGGAGGAUGAGAGCGGCGCUCAGCUCAACUGCACCAGCGACACGGUCAACAACUGCAAAAUCAUCUCUCCGCCCUGUGGGAAGAGCUACAACGUCACUGUGCACCACAACGAUGGAACCUGCCCGUCCACCUCCACCCCCAUCAACAUGGACUCAGUGCCGUGCAGUCCGGAGGAUGUGAGGGCCAGCGUGGCCUGCGUUACCGGCGAGCUGACGGUCACCUGGAACGUCUCCGUCGGCGCGGAGAACUACAGGACGUCCGUGUCCAGAGGAACGGGUCCGCCCGUGUACUGCAACUCCACGGAGACCCGGUGCGCCGUGGGCGGGUUGAUGUGCGGAAGCUCCUACACGGUGACCGUCUCAGCGCUCGCCGGGACGUGCUUCUCUCGGCCGAGCGCAGACGUCAUCGUGCAAACAUUACCGUGUCCUCCCACGAACGUCACGGCCGCGCACACGUGCGCUCCGGAUUCCGUCCCCGUGUCGUGGUUGCCCAGCGGCGGUGCCGAGUACUACACCGCUAUCGCUGUGAGCGACGGAGGUCACAGGUCAGAGUGCGCCACCAAUAAAACGUCCUGCGGCCUCCCCGGACUCCGGUGCGGAGAGGUUUACCGCAUCGCCGUGUCGGGAGCUGAUGACAAAUGCACAAGUCAACCGAGUGGCGCUUUCUCUUUGAAUACCGAGCCUUGUCCUCCCACUAACGUAUCCAGCCAGCUGACGUGCAGCGCCGCCACCGCGCAGGUACACUGGCCCCCCGGUGCAAAUGCAGCGAGCUACGCUGUGGAAGCCACCGGCAACGGACAGACCCUCACCUGCAGCAGCCGCGGCCCCAACUGCUCGCUGAGCAACCUGGUCUGCGGCCAAGCGUACGACAUCCACGUGGCCGCCGCCGACGGCAGAUGCGUCAGUAACUUCAGCGCCCCCUUCAGGCAAGAGCCAGUGCCGUGUCCUCCGGAGGACUUCAGGACCGAGCUGAUGUGUGACACCAGUGACGCGACUGCCAGCUGGAACACUUUUGCUGUGCAUCUAAACUACAGUGUCGUCGCUGUGCCGCUCGUCGGUGACAUCAGUUCAGUCAUGUGCCACUCCAGCAGUGCCAGCUGUGUGCUGAGUGGUCUUCAGUGCGGACGGACGUAUAACGUCUCCGUCAAAGCUUCCUCUGGCAGCUGCAGUGGACCGCAUAGCCCCCCACAGACUCUUCACACUGCACCGUGCGCCCCUGAGAGCCUGACGGCAGCGACGGACUGCGGCGCGGACUCUCUCCGGGCCUCCUGGAGCGCAUCUCUUGGCGCCACCUCCUACACAACGACGGUGUCGGGCCCCGAUGGCUUCUCCAAAUCCUGCUCCACGGCGGACCUCACGUGCACUGUCUCGGGCCUGCAGUGUGCCAGUCGGUACAACGUCACGGUGACGUCCCAGCGCGGCUGCGCCAGCUCGCCGACUCAAACCGCCCUGACGACAGGACCAUGUGACCCUGUCAAUGUGACCAGUGUCCUCCAGUGUGGCUCAGACACGGCCGCGGUCUCCUGGGAAGCCGCUGCCGGGGCCGUGCGCUACACCGUGCAUGCUAGAGAGGCUCUAAGUAUAGUACACAGCGCUCCGCACUAUACUUCCUGUAGGAGCAGUACUACUUCUUGUCAGCUCAACCAGCUCCAGUGCGGAACGCUUUACAACUUGACCGUGAUGGCUGAGGAUGCCACUUGUAACAGCAGUGGAAGCAUCAGUACAAUCCUGACGACAGCUCCUUGCUCUCCCUCCGUCCGGAACAGCAGCCUGAUCUGUGGCACCAAUUCUUCCUCUGUGUCAUGGACGCCGACGGCCGUUGCCACGGGUUACGUGGUUAAUGCGACAGCUGCAAACGGGCACAGGGUUUGGUGCAGCGCAACCGGUGCCACGUGCACCCUGACGGAUCUCCUGUGCAGUGAAACCUACACGACCACAAUCGUCGCCCGAGGAAGCCGGUGUGACGGUGUUCCCGGCUCCAGCACCAACAUCACCACGGCCCCCUGUUCUCCAGCGAUCUUAUCCAAGGAAUACAGCUGCGGUACCAGCGCGGCGGUGGUCAGGUGGAGCGACCCCGCGGGAAGCCUCGGCUUUCUGGCUCAGGUGGCGGGAGGAGGAGGAGGAUACCUGGAUACCUGCCAGACUACAAACACCAGUUGCGAGUUCCAAAACCUGCCUUGUGGCUUUGAUUUCCAUUUGACAGUCCAAGCUCAGGGGGCACAUUGCAACGGCACCCCAAGUGUCAGUGAAUCGAUUGAAACGGUCCCUUGUGCCCCGCUGAAUGUGAGCGCCACACUGGUCUGUUCCAACCAGUCAGCCCUGGUCUCAUGGCUGGGAACCCCUAGUGCUGCAGGGUACAAUGUUACUUUGACGGGUCGGGAUGGACACACACACUGCGCCCAGACCAACGCUACCAGCACCCAGCUACCGGACAUCCACUGCGGUGACACCUACGGCGUCACGGUUACGCCGUACUCCAAGACAUGCACGGGGCGCCCAAGUGCACUUUACAGCUUUGACGCAGGUCGUUGUGCUCCGACCAACGUCUCUGUGUCUACGGCGUGUGAGGACAGCGCUGUGUCCUGGUCUCGUGUACCAGGGGCCGGGAUGUACAUAGCAACGGCAACUUGCUGGACACAAUCACACGUGCAUCUCCAACUAUUCCUGCUCAUGCAAUUUCACUGACCUACGCUGUGGGCAAACCUAUGCUGUCAGCGUUGUAACUGUGGACCGGGGCUGCUGGAGCGAGCCCAGCUCAGCCGUGCAGCUGAGAACAGGCCUGUGUCCGCCUACCAACUUGACAGGCCAUGUCAGUUGUGAUACCAACACACUAACCCUCACAUGGGACAAGAAUCCAGUGUCCGGGGCCGCGUACACCGUACAAACUGAGA